CUAUCUGAUAAAAACCCCAAUCCUUUAUAGGGUUUUAUCUUCAUUUCUUCAACGCUUUCGUUCUUCCCCUCCCAAAGGUCGGUCGCAAAUUAGAAUCUACACUAAGUUAGCUCACUUCUGAUUUAGUUAGGCCGUAGACCUUCCAAUGGCGACCGCUCAACUCACAGCAUCAUCGUUUUCGACCGUGAAUUUGCCUUCGUUCGAAGGUCUUCGACCUUCGAUGGUUCAAUGUUCUGUUGCCAGACACGUAAGAAUAGGUGGUCUUACUCAAAAGUCGUUCCGGGGUUUGGUUGUUAAAGCCGCAACUGUUGUUGCCCCUAAGUAUACCUCGAUCAAGCCUUUGGGUGACAGAGUGCUGGUAAGAAUUAAGGAUACUGAAGAGAAGACUGAUGGUGGGAUUUUACUUCCCACAACUGCUCAAACAAAGCCUCAGGGUGGUGAAGUGGUUGCUAUUGGAGAGGGAAAGACAGUUGGGAAGAGUAAAGUUGACAUUGCUGUGAAGACUGGCGCACAAGUUGUGUAUUCAAAGUAUGCAGGGACUGAGGUGGAGUUUAAUGGUUCAAAGCAUCUCAUACUGAAGGAUGAUGACAUUGUCGGCAUCCUUGAAACGGAUGAUAUCAAGGAUCUUCAACCUUUGAAUGAUCGGGUGUUGAUCAAGGUUGCAGAAGCUGAGGAAAAAACUGCAGGGGGUUUGUUACUGACGGAGGCAACGAAAGAGAAGCCAUCUAUUGGAACGGUGAUAGCUGCUGGACCAGGGCCUUUAGAUGAGGAAGGCAACAGAAAACCGUUGUCCGUGAGUCCUGGAAACACUGUUCUGUACUCCAAGUAUGCGGGGAAUGACUUCAAGGGCAAGGAUGGAUCUGACUACAUUACCUUGAGGGUCUCAGAUGUCAUGGCUGUCCUUUCCUAGUGUUUUCUUUUUGGGCCUGAUGAGUUAAUCUUUUUCAUGUUUUGUAUUUGUCUUGAGGAAGAUGGAAUUUUGUUUGUAACGACUGAAAUAUAGUUGAUUGCGAUUCUGCAGCUUGUUUUUGGAGGACGUUUCUUGUUAUGAGUUCGUUUAGUUGCAGCUUUUCCUUUUAA